UUAUAACUGUUUUGGUUUCGUUUUGUUUAAUUUAGAAAAUUUAAUAAUUUAAUAGAAAAUUUGAUAAAUUAGUAAUCAAGUUAUGGAGAUGAAUUAUCAAAUCAAAUAAUCAAAUUAUGGAGUUGUCAAAUAAUGGAGAUCUUAUAAACGAACUAAGACAAUAUUUUCCAGCAGAUACACCUGAAAAUGAAAUGAUUGAAUUAUUCAGCAAUCGUGAGAUGUUCAAUGAAUAUUUAGCACAGCUUGAACUACAUUACUCAGAUUUACAACAGCAGUACAAUGUUUAUGAGGAAUGUUUUCAACCAAUUUUAUCUCAAACAUUAGAAUCUAUUUGGAUGAUUUUGCUUUUUAGUUUAUUAUUGCGUUUCUUUUCUAUUUUAAGACCACCACCAAUUUUUAUUCACUGCCUUUCUGUUUGUUUGGGCUGUUGUUUGUUAUUUAAGUUCUUUGAUUAUGACAUGAUUUAUGUUAUUACUCCAUGUAUGCUUUUAUUUCUUCUUGUACGAUUGGAUAAAAAAGGAGUGCUUGUCAUCGUUUAUGCUGCAGCAUACCUUGUUAUAUGCGAGUUUUAUCUGCUUGAUUCUGUUGUUUGGACAAGGAUAAAAGGAUCUGUAAUGAUAUCAUUUAUGAAUGCAAUUUCUUUUACUCUUCAAACGAGUAAGAGAGUUGAACUAUCAUUUCUUGAAUUUUAUGGAUAUAUACUUAAUCCUUCUACCAUUAUAUUUGGACCUUUUCUUACCUACAACGAUUAUCAGCAAAUAAUUAUUGCUCAUCCUUUGAGUCUCAGCUGGUUAUUAAAUAGCCUAAAAUGUUUGAUUAUUUCAUUACUUUGUGUAUUAUGGUCAAGCUGUGGUAUAAGUUACUAUUUACCAAUGUUAGAAAAUUAUAUACCUGCUCUAAAAAAUAACAGUUGGUGGGAAGCUUACAAAACUGCACAAUCAUUUCGAUUUAGUCAUUAUUUUGUGUGUUAUAUAUCAGAAUCAUCUUGUUUGUUUGCUGGCGUAUCAACAAUAGUCACUAAUGAAAACAAUAUUGUAAUCAAAAAAGAAACUAAAAAAGAUAUAAAUACAAAUGAAAGUGGAAGCACAAUAAAAAUUUUAUGGUCCCAUUCUGUUGCUAGAAUGUUUCAAAUUGAGCUUCCACGAUCUUUAGUAGAUGUAGUCACAAAUUGGAAUCUUCCUCACCAUUAUUGGUUAAAACAAUACGUUUUUAAACCUGUACGAAGGUUUGGUGUGUUACCAGCCAUUUUGAUUACAUAUAUAGCUAGUUCAUUCUUGCAUAGCUUAAACUUUCAAUUGUCUGCUGUGCUACUCUCUAUUGGUCUGUUUGCAUAUGUAGAAAGCGUUUUUCGCAAUUUUCUUGCGGUUUUACUUAGUGCUUGUGUAGAGGCUCGCAAGUGCAGACCUGGAUGUAAUCAUGUGUAUAAAAAAAACACAUUAUGGGUGAUGAUGCUUAAUGUGUUCUUCACAAUUGCUGCUUUAUGGAACCUUUCUUAUCUCGGUUGUUUAUUUGACAAUGGAGGGGAAGAAGAAAAGGGAUACUCAUUACAUCACACGUUAAGAAAGUGGCAAAGUUAUGGAUUUUUGAAUCAUUAUGUCAUGUUAUUGAUAUUUGCUAUUAACUGGUUUUGCAAUAUUUUUCAUUCGAUUUAGUCAUGUUUUCAUUUUUUUUUUUUUUCUUUUAAUAUUUUUUAUUUUAACAACUAUCUUUUGAUUCAUUUUUUAUGAAACUAUUAUUUG